UGGUACAGUUCACUUGCAUCCUUCUCUCUAUCCACUUCUGAUGGUGCUAGCUAGACUGUUUCCAUCUCCACUGGAGGGAACAGAUACCAGUUUGAAUCUCUCAGCCUUCAUUCCUUACAUAUUAAGAUGUAGCAGUAGUGCAGUCCUGAAGACGAGACAGAUGUCAGCUAAAGCUUUACAACCUCUGGUUAUAGGCAGUAAUGUUGUCAAUGUACUAACUGACCUAGUUCAUAGACUUCCUGUCAAUAGAGACCAGGUCCACUAUAGUCAGGUCCAUGGAGUUUUAUUACAGAUCCAUAGUGUAGUAGAGAUAUUGCCAUCUUUGGAGAGUAACAUCAGACAACAAUCACAGCAGAUUUUAGUUGAGGAAUGGUUGAAGAGAACUUGGCUAGUGUCAAGUUUGAAUGCUUGUCAUGUGAUUAAAAAAGAGGCCUUGAAUUUGACAUCAAAAUUGCUGACAGAAAUUUCUGGAGAUUCAAAACCUGAUUCAAAUACAAAACGUCUACAGCACACCUUGUUUACAGCACUAGCAGAGGAACAAAUUCUCCUCACAGAACCUUAUAAACAGGCUGGUCCUGGCUACAUAGAAUAUCUCACAAUACUGGCCAAUUUGCUGCUGUAUCACUGCUCUAAGGGAGAUAACUUGAAAGAAAUCAGACACAUGGGAGAUAACUUAGUAGGUUAUAAUAUCAAGGGAGACAAUUCUGGUGGAAGCAACAUGAGAGAAGCAAUUGUUGAAAAUUCAAAGGGAGAUAAUUAUUUAGAGCUUGGAUAUAUGGGAGAUAACUCAAUAGAAGCCAGACUAAUGUUGAUAUUGAAUUGUUGCCAUUAUGAAAUCAGGAUGAUAGGUUUGAUGUAUGUUCACAGUGUGUGUAGUGACAAGGAGGAAGGAGAUGAUUUUCAUGUUGUGUUAGAAUGUGAUAUACCAUCUGUUGAUGAUGAAACAGUACAGAGGACUUUGUCCUCACCAGAGGUGCUAGGGAAAUUGAUACAGAUGGCAUCAGAUGAGUCACACUUUGAAUGUCAGAAGUUGGUUUUCAAAGCACUAACAAACCAUCCAUCAAUGCAGAAAGGCUCCUGGUUUAAAGAUGUUAUUCAUUUAAUUAAGCUUUUCCAGCUUUGUAUGAAUUUCAUUGAAACUUGUUCAAGAGAUGAACUUAGGUCAGAGGUUAUACAGUUGACAGGAUUCUUAGUUGAACCAUUGUUGAAGCAUGUUUCAAAGGUGAAAACAGCAAAUGAUGAUGAAGUGUCAGCUCUACUGCUUCAAUGGAAAGACAUGCUGCAUUACUAUAAAGGGACAGAACAACAUUAUCUGUUACAAGUAGCGGUUAUAAAAGUCCUGGACAACAACACAGAUCUACUACUCAAAGAUUCAACUCUAUACUGGGAUGAAACAACUUUUGCAUUCUGGGAAAUCCUGGUGAGUUUGUUGCAGGAAGAUGAUCAGGAAAUUAAUGAGAUGGCUGCUAAGAUUGUCAGCAGAUUGAACCCUAAAGUUCAAGUGACUGUUCACCCAUACCUGGCCUUAGAUUUGACCAUUGGAUCCAUGUUACAUCACCAUUAUACCAGACACUGGAAGCUAUGUGUGAGAACCAUGUUAAAAUGGAUGGAGACUGAUACCAAAGAAGAAGUGGGUGCCAGUGGGAGACUAUUUGACAAAAAUGAGAUGAACACAUGGAGAGAAGAUAUACAGUUUGUGAAAAUUGUGAUGAAAUAUCUUAUACAAAUUAUUCUAUCAUGCAAUACAUCAUCCAUAGCAGGAAUUGAUAAUCAUUUCUCAAAAACUGAAAAUGCAGUCACCAAGGGAGAUAAUUCAACCAUGAACAAUGAAAGUAAGGGAGAUAAUUUGAGAACUGACAGAGAGAAAUUACUUCACCUACAGACAGAGCUAAUGGACAAGUUUCCAGUUGGUCAAAAGUUUAAUUUAGAACCAAUAACAUCUGACCAAUCAGAGAGAUGGUCAACAAUUCUUGAUAGUUUAUAUAGUCAUUUGACUUUAGUUUUAAAAGAAGACCUGGCAUCUUCAGGACCAUUUAAAGAUGUCAACAAAUAUAUACAUUGUAGUAUCAAUAAGUUAAAAGUAGACUUGGUAAUUCAGCUAUGUCAAUGUUUGUCUGAUUCUAGGAUAAAUUCUUUGCUUCAGGGGAAAUAGUAGAUAGAGAAAUAAAAUAUGCAAGCCACACAAAUUUGAGUUUUAGUACUUUUGUAAAAAGACGCACAAGGGUUAACAUCAAUUAAUAUGUUUUCUGUAAACUAUUUCAUUUUUAUUGGGGGAAUCUGUUUUUAGAAGCAAAACUAUUUUAAAAAUAUAAUUUUAUUGGUGAAGGUUAAUAUUGUUUUAUUUGUAAAAUAUAUGCUGCAUUUUGUUAUUUUAUCUGCUGAUACAUUUUAGUUUUCUAUUGAUAAAUUCUUCCCCAAAAAAUUUUGCAUGUGAUAUGAAGGAACUAAAAUUUGAGUUUGUGUGGCCUCAUUUAAAAAUGAUAUAACUCCUUAUUUGCAUUUAUUUCUAUGUAAUUAGAUAUAGUAAGAUGUGGUGUAAGUGCCAAUGAGAGACAAGUAUCCACAAAAUACCAAAAUGACACAGACAUUAACAACUAUAGGUCACCAUACUGCCUUCAAUAAUGUGCAAAGCCCAUACUCCAUAGUCAGCUAUAAAAGUCUAUGAAUGGUAUUGAUACAUGAGAGACAUGUCUGCCUUGGGUGAAUUCAAGUUAAAAGACAAAUAUGAAAACCCAGCCACAUCAUUUUGAAACCAUCUUAAAGACUAGAUUCAAUGAAUCAACCUUGUUAUAAUUUGCUUGGAAAAUAAUUCAUGGUCACCUUUGGAUUAGGGUUACAGAAUGGAAAUUAUGAAAAAAAGGUUAGAGAAAAAUUUGGGGAAUAAAGAAUGGAAAAUAAUGGGGUA